GCACGGCAGCGGCAGCGGCGGCGGAGGGAAGCGAGUGGGUCAUUGGCGUGCAGUGCUACUCGUCACUGGGUAAGGAGGCGGCUGGUGCUGGUGCUGGGGAUGCUGCAGCCGCUACAGCGUCUGCCGGCUCCCAGGUGGUUGCGGUGCUGCAGUGGCGGCUGCUGCAGCCCGCACAUUGCUGCCGGCCAGGACACCCGCAGCACCCGCACCCGCAGCAGCAGCAGCACCCGCACCCGCAGCAGCAGCAGCGACCGGAGCGCUUCCGCAUCACCCAGGAGGUGGAGGUAGAGGUUGGUGCAGAGGAGGAUGAAGUGGAGUUUGGAGUAGCCGACCAGCAGUCUCCGGAUCCCCUGGUGGGCUUUCUAGCGGACGGAUGGCGGACAGUCGGCAAUGGCGGAGGUAGCAGCUCACUGCGCGGCGAUGGAAGAGCGACCCAUGGGUCAGCAGAUGCGGAUGCUGUGGCGACAGUGGCGGCUGCAGAGGUGGAGGAGGAGGAGCGGCCGAUGCGGCAGAAGCGGCGCGCUGCGGCAGCAGGGGUGAGGGCGACGGAUGGCGACGACGGAACACGCGCCCGCGGGGGACGUGUUGGCAAGGGCUGGUGGUUCGGGCCACUCGACAACCACCAGUCGUCAUGCAGUGGUGCUCACGACCACGCGGCCAGGGGCGGCGGUAACGUCGUGGUGACUGACAUCGCUAGUGAUGGGGUAGGGCAUGUCAAGACGGCGCAGUCGGCAUGCCAGGACUCGCCCCGCAGGAAGCGUGCGCACGCUGCUAGUAGCUGCAGUAAAGGCGACGACAGCGACGGUGGCCAUGGAAGCAGCAGCAGCGGCAGCCGCUCUAGCAGCGAUGGGGGCGACAGCUGUGGUCCAAGCGAUGGCAGCACUUGCAGCAGCAGCUGUAGUAGCAGCAGUGCUUAUCGUACACGUAUCUUGCGUCUUGGUGGCGACGGCAGCGACGGUGGCGGCAGUCCGACCCCCUCUCUUCAGCGGCUGUGCCGUUCGGAUCACUGGCGACGGCGGCGGCGGCGACGUCGGAGGAUGAUGAUGCUGAAGCACGGCGGCGGCACUCCGACCUUCCUCCACGACCGCUGGGAUGUAGUCCGCGACCACCAGCACCGCGUCCCUCCUCAUCCUCCACCUCAUGACUGCCAAAUCACACGGGGCAGUGAGUACGGCAGUUGCAGUGACUACGGCGGCGGCUGUCGUAUGGAUGGGCCGUACGGCAAUGCUGCCCCAUUGCCGUACAACGAAUUUGACCGGGGAUACUGCGAAGGCGGAGUGCGGUCUGUGGGGUCUAAUUGUUUCAGAGUUCGGGUCGCUACGGUGCAGGGGACUGGUGCAGCAAGGGAAACCGUCGUGGCGGCGUCUAUGAUGGUUUGCGAGCGUGUUGACAUCGGCAGCAGCGGCAGCAGCGGUAGCGGGAGCGGGUGUCAGGAGCAGGCGGUUAUCGUGCACUGUACGGCGGACGGCACAUUGCAUUACUGCGACGCUGCUGCGUAUGCGGUGCCGCCGGUGCUGUGGUCGCACGGCGGCUUGCAUGGUAGGGGCCAGGGGAAGGAGCAGCGUGGAAGGCGGCAGAGGCCGCAGCGGCGGCGGCGGCCACAGUUGCAUGGGCGGUGCCGGGAGCGGGGAGAGGAGGAUGGACCGCGAGGGGGGCAGCAGCAGCAGCAUCACUCGCAGCAGCGGCAGCAGCUGCCGCGGUUGGGUCGUGUUGUGGCCUGUCUUGCCGGCCGCAUGGAAGGGCACCUGGGCCCUGUGACGUGCCAGAUGGAGGUGACCUGCGCCCGACCCACCUCCCACACCCACACGCACCCGCCGCCAUCCACGUCGCCUCCACCUCCAUCCUCACACGGGCAUCCCUUCGCCGCCUCCUCCAACCCUGCACCGCACAGCCUGGCCCCCGCCUCCGCCUCCUCCACCGCCGCCGCCGCCGCCUCGGCAGCAGCUACCCCACUAGCAUCCCGACCCUCAACUUUAGCGUCCAAGCCCCCGCCCCCGCACGUCCAAGCCGCAGCGCCCUCCCCCACAGCCGCCUUCACCUUACGCCCCCCUGGCAUAACGCCAGCCAACGCCACCGCAACCACCACCGAUACCCCUCCUGCCGUACAACGCAUCCUUCUCACCGGCGCCGCCGACGGCUCCCUUCGCGGCUGGCAAACCACCUCCGCCGUCUCAUUUGGACAGCCGC